CUUGUAUAUUCACAAACAACGGUAUCAUCAACUCAGACCUCCAAUCCUACUAAUACAGCUCCUAUUAAAGCUUUCACUUCAAAUACCAUCUCAAGUGCCGUCUCAAGUGCCAUACCGACACCAUUAUCUCCUAUAUCUACAGAUAGUAAUAAUAGUAAUAAAGUGAUUGCUGUUUAUUAUGCUUAUUGGAAGCGUUCCUUUUUAGCCGAAAAUAAUUUACCGUGGACUAAAAUAACUCAUGUGAAUUUUGCAUUCGCGAUCGUCGAUAAUCAAUUCAAUCCGGUUUUAGAUGCACAAACAAAGAUUGUAUUGACCUCAUUAGUAACUUAUGCUCAUGUAGCUAAAGUGAAGGUCUUACUUUCAGUCGGGGGAUGGACAGGAAGCCAAUACUUCAGUACAUUGGCAUCGACCACUGAAUCACGUAAUAAUUUCAUAAAUGCUACAGUAACCAUGAUAAAUCAAUUUAAUUUAGAUGGGGUUGAUAUUGACUGGGAAUAUCCAGGAAAACAAGGAAUGAUAUGCAAUGUAGUAAAUCAAAAGGAUGAUGCUAACAAUUUUUUGACAUUGCUAACAGAAAUGCGUUCUGCAUUAGGCAAUGACAAGUUGCUCACAUUGGCUGUAUCAACUUCCCCAUUUGAUGGCCCAAAUGGUACAAUAAGUGACGUAAGUCCAUUUGCUAAAUUAGUGGACUGGGUUAACAUCAUGGCAUAUGAUGUUAGUGUCUCUAAUGGAAAUAAUGAGAGAUGGGUACAAUUUACAGGACCAAAUGCACCUUUUGACAUUCCUGCUACAACAACUAACCGUGUGUCUUUCAAAAGCUCGAUUUCAAAUUGGAUGAAUGCCGGAAUGCCAAGUUCUAAGAUUGUUAUGGGAGUUGAAUUUAUGGGACGAGCACAAACUGCUUUAGAACCAAUGUCAACAAGUCAAUAUGUUAAACGUGACCCU